AUGGUUGUGAAAGGGAGGUUCUCACGAAAAGCGCCACCACCAGAAAUUACUAUACCAAAAUUGUUCAACAAAAAUAUCCACAAUAUAGCAGCUUUGAAAAGAAAACCACGUCAGCAGGAUGCUUUGAAUAUCCUAUAUGAAAUUGCAAACUUAGUUACACCCAUAAUGAAAGAAUAUGGCUUUACAGUGAAAAAUUUAUGUGAAUUUUUUCCAAAAACUGAUAAUUUAUUAGGUAUGAAUAUGAAUGCAGGUUAUAAAAUUUUUAUAAGAUUAAGGCCACCUUUCAAUGAGAAUGUUUUUUUACCAAUGAAUGAACUGAUUGGUACUAUGCUUCAUGAAUUAACUCACAAUAAACAUGGUCCUCAUGAUGCUAAAUUCUAUAAAUUGUUAGACGAGUUGACCAACAAACAAGAAAUUAUAAUGAUUAAAGGUGGUCCAGUAUUUGAACAAGAUCCAUUUGCAGGUUUGGGUAAACAGCUCGGAGGAAAUAAUCCAUCUAAUAUUAGAGAUGCAAGAUUGAAAAGGUUGGACAUCAAAUACGUUGGAUCUGUUCAAAAGCUUGGUGGUGAUGAUAAUAAUGGUAAACCUAAAACACAACAAGAAUUAAAAGAUCUAGUAAGGCAAGCUGCUAUUAAAAGAUAUGAGGAUAAUAAAUGGUGCCAUGAUGCUGUGAAAGGUGAUUUACCACAAGAUGAUGAAUUGGAUAUUAUUGUUAUUGAUAGUGAUAAUGACAAUGAAAGUGAAAAUGAGAACAAUGAUAAUGCGAACCCAAAACUAAAGAGAAGACAUAUAGAGAAACUUAAGUCCAAUCAGAUUAUAACUUCCAAAUCAAGCCCAAAACUGCCACCUAAACCCAUUUCUACCAAGAUGAAUGGAAAAGAAGAUGAUAACGAGAUAAUAAUUUUGGAUUCUGAUGAUGAUUCUGGUACAAAAUUAAGCGAGGAGUCAGCUACCAAUUCUUCUAAACCAACCGAUGAACACGAGGAACUGAUUGAUUUGACUGAAGACUGA